AGGAAACCUGACACAGAUUUGGCUGAUGAGGCCCAGGAAGUCAAGAAGAUCCGACCUGACAAUUGUGGGGAUGGCUCCAGUGAAGUCCUCAGCCACAAGCCAGUUAGUGAAGCAUCACAUAUCGGGGAUGUUGCUGAGACAGUGGACAAGUCUGCUGGUUUGAGAACAGAUAGUGUAGCUCUGGCAGCUGGCCCAGCUACUGGGCAGUCUGAGAUGGUCAUUGAUGCUGAAACAUCUCCACCAGGACCUGCUGCUGGAGCAGCCAGUGAAUCGUCCGGUAGUCAGCUGCCAGUUAGUGGACUAUCAGAGGCUAGUGGUGAUAUAGCAGAAUCUGCCCCAGCUCAUACAGAAAGUGAGAUGGUUGCUGUUGGUGAAACUUCACAACCUGAGCCAGUGAGUGGGGAACCUGUCAUUGAAGCUAGUAGUGACACUGCAAAACCUGAGCCAAUUAGUGGGGAACCUAUCGUUGAAAUUAGUAGUGACACUGCAAAACCUGAGCCAGUUAGUGGGGAACCUAUCGUUGAAAUUAGUAGUGACACUGCAAAACCUGAGCCAAUUAGUGGGGAACCUAUCGUUGAAAUUAGUAGUGACACUGCAAAACCUGAGCCAGUGAGUAGGGAACCUGUCAUUGAAAUUAGUAGUGAGACUACAAAACCUGAGUCACUUAAUGAGCAAACUGUUGUUGAUACCAUUAGUGAAAGAUCAAAACCCAAACCAGUUAACGGAGAUUCUGACACGAGUAUAGCUUUACAAGCUGAGGUGGUUCAUGGGUUUAUUAGUGGGGAAUCUGAAGCAGAUGAGAUCAGACUAUCAUCUGGAACUGAACCACUUCAUGGGAAUUCUCAGCUAGAUGCAGUAAGCAAGUCAUCUCAAAUGGAACUUGCUAACGUAGAAUCUCAGGCGGACGAGGUUAUCAAAUCCUUUACAGUUAAACCACUAAAUGGAGAGUCUGAGAUGGACACGGUCAUCAAGUCCUCAAAAUCUGGGCCAAUUAUUGGAGAAUCUGAGAUGGAUGUAGUCAGCAAAUCCUCUAAAAUAGAGCCCAUUAAUGGGGACAUCAUGGAUGUUAAUGAAUCCUCCAAAGUUGAGCCUAUGAAUGGAGAUAGCGUAGAUGUUGAUGAAACCUCUAAAGUAGAGCCCAUUAAUGGAGACAGCAUGGAUGUUAAUGAAUCUUCCAAAGUUGAGCCUAUGAAUGAAGAUAGCAUAGAUGUUGAUAAAACCUCUAAAGUAGAGCCCAUUAAUGGAGAUAGCCUAGAUGUUAAUGAAUCCUCCAAAGUUGAGCCUGUAAAUGGAAAUUCCAAGGAUGUGGUUGAGUCUUCUAAAACUCUGCCAGUGAAUGGAGAAUCAGAAGUAAAGAAACAAUUGGCUGAUGGGGGAACAGAUCUGGACACAAAUACAGGAGAAUGCCAGCUGGAAGCUGUUGUUGUUGUUAAGGACAGCUGCAGUCUGAACAGUCGUGAUGAAGUUUCCAUGGAGACGGAGACAACUGCAUCAUAA